AUGUUUCGCGCACUACCUGAAGUAAACAGAAUUUGUUCUAAAGCAGCACGCGACAGAGCAUAUGAGCAGCACUUGGCAGCACUCCGUAACAUGAAGCCAUCAGUUAACACAAGAAAACCUCAAACUCCACAAUCAAUCGGUCGCAAUUGCAAACGAUACGAGAACGAAAAACAGAGAUGCUCAACAGUUUUGAAAGAUAACCAACGCUUAGAAGGAAAAAUGCAUGAUAUUCAAAAGCAAGAGCAUUUCCCACGUGUAUUACCUCAACGUCCAUACACCCUUCAAGGUCAAUAUCAGAAGGAUGAGAUGGCUCGUAUCGAUUACGAGAACAAGAAGCUUCUCAAAGCAAUUGAAACAAGAAAACCGACAUUAAAUCGUACUGAAUGGACACGUCACCGCUUAGAUCAUACAUACCAAAUCACUAAAAUGUCUGAAUUUAAGAAGAGUGUCCCUAUGAGUGACAUUGUUCGCGAAGAAUACCGUUCUAGCAUGAGCAGACCACAUACAACAAUGUCUAAGUGGGGAUCCCAGACAUCUCCAUCCAAAUCGGAGAAAUCCCAGACAGAACAGUCCGAUGAUUUCGCUGAAGAAGAAAAUAACGAACAAAAGGAUCUUUCUCUCAGAAAGGAAGUCAACGAAGCAGUCGAAGACGGCAAGAAGGAGAAAGAGGAACAAGAGAAGAGAGAUGAGGAAGUCGAAAAGGAGAUGGAAGAAAAUAACGAAUUCUCAUUAACAGGACAGGUCAACGAAGCCGUUCAGAGAGGCCAAGAGGAGAAGAAGGAGCAAGAAGAGAAGGACGAGAAGGUCGAAAAAGAGAUGGAAGCCAACAACGAGUUCUCAUUGACUGGCCAAGUCAACGAAUCUCUCGAAAGAGCCAAAGAAGAGAAAGAUGAACAGGAAAGAAAGGAAAAGGAAGAGAAGAAGAAGGAAGAACAAGUCGAAAAAGAAAUGGAACAAAAUAAGGAAUUUUCAUUGACCGGACAAGUCAACGAAUCCCUCGACAGAGCAAAGGAAGAGAAGGCAGAACAAGAGAGAAAGGAGAAAGAAGAGGCAGAACGCAAGCGCAAAGAAGAAGAGGAGAGAAAACAAAAAGAGGAAGAAGAAAGAAAGAGAAAAGAAGAGGAAGAAAGGAAGCAAAAAGAGGAAGAAGAAAGAAAGAGAAAAGAGGCCGAAGAAGCGGAAAGAAAGAGGAAGGAACAGGAGGAGGCGGAGAGAUUGAAGAAGGAACAGGAAGAAAAGGAAAAGGCUGAAGCAGAAAAGAAGAAAGGAUUAGGAUUGGGACUUUCUUUGAAAGGUGAAGUUCAGGAAUCUCUUGAUCGCGCUAAGGAAGAAAAGGCCGAAGAAGAGAAGAAGCAGCAACAAGAGAAAGAAGAACAGGAAAGAAAGGCUGCAGAAGAAAAGGCAAAAGAAGAAAAAGUUGAACAGGAAAUGAAGAAGAACAACGAAUUUUCACUUUUCGGACAGGUAAACGAAGCAAUUCAGAGAGGAGAAGAAGAGAAGAAGGAAGAAGCAGCUCCGGCUAAGCCAGCAUUAGGUUUGAAGGCUAGUCUAUUCUGA